UGAGAGCCGUCUCAGAGCUUUUGGGCCGAGCGAGCUCCGGGCAAACCACUCCGAUCAAUCUCGAAUUUCCGUCGCCCGCCGCCCGAUCCCUUUCGAAGCCAUGGCGAGCGUCCGCGCCCUGUCCCGACCGACCCGGGGUGUUUCCCUGUCUCAAAUAUCCCGGCAGACCUGUUCCAGACGAUGGGCUUCUUCAGCCGCCGCCGAGGCGCCUCUUGAGGACCUCGAGGACUCGGCUUUGGGGGCGCCGCCAUUGAGCGAGGAGGAGAAGAAGACGUUUAGACCUUGGAAGAGGCAAGCAGACAGGAAGUUUGCUUUGCCAAGUGGGAGAUACAACUACCACGCCCCCAAAUACGACCGCGGCCCCCUCCACCCGGUCCAACCCCUCCCCUCCUCGGAGCCCACAGCCCGCGACUUCGUCCCCGGCCCCUUCAACCUCCCCCGCCUACGACAGACGUACCUCUCCACCGUCGCCUCCGACAUCAUGACGCUAACCUACAACCACAUACCCCCCGGAACACCAAAGAAGGAAACGCCCCAACGUCUUCGUGAAUGGGAUGAUUCCUCCCCCUACCACGCCAACCGCUCCCUCCGCGCCCCCCGCGGCGCGCCGGUGUUGCCGCUGCUGGAGAGGGAUGUCAACUUUACGAAUAUACCCGAGAUCAAGGAAAUCACCCUCGCUGCGUACGUCCCUGCCGCGCUGCAGGACAUGGACAAUCUGCUUGUUGCCCGCGCGGCGCUGCUUGCUAUUACAGGGGUGCUGCCCGAGAUGACAAAGACACGGACUAAUGUCCAGCAGUGGAAGAUUCGGGCGGGGGAGUUUGCGGGGUGCAAGGUUACUGUUAGGGGGAAUGAGGCGUAUGAGUUUUUUGAUCGGUGUGUGAACUUGGUGUUUCCGAGGAUUAAGGACUGGAGGGGAAUUGAGGCUACGACGGGGGACAGCUCGGGGAAUUUGGCGUGGGGGUUUACGCCCGAGGAGCUGAAGCUGUUUCCAGAGAUGGAGGUCAAUUUGGGGAUGUAUCCGCCCAAGAUGGUGCCUGGUUGCAGAGUGUACGUCAAGACUACGGCCACGUCGGAUAGGCAAGCUAGGUUGCUGCUUCAGGCUAUGGGGUUGCCGUUUUUUGGUGAGGUGAAGAAUUAAAGGGGGCAGAGAGGGAGAGGAAGAACUUGUACAAAUACCAGUAAAAAAGUGUAUAAAUGUAACAACACAUAGGCAACCGGCAAGGUUUCUGAAUCAAGAGUUUUGUUCAUGUCAAGUGAGCAAAAACCA